GAAGGCGGUACGGAGGGAGCGCAGCGUGUUGACGUAACAGACUUACGUGCCUCUGCUAUAGCUCAGGAGAAGAAACUACAGUCACACAUUGUGCAUCCAUGUUGCAGGUCCGCGGUGGAGAGCAGACACCCUGCGGCAAAUACACAGGAGGGUCCGGAGGAUAACGGCUGCCGCUUGCAUCGUCCCCUAAACUGUUUUGGUUUUCUAUAUACGUUAUUUAUUUUCUGAGUCCUCUCCUCCCUGAGCACCAGGGGAUGGGGGAAUGAUCAGCACCGACACCCCUCCGCUACCUCCUCCUGCUCCUCCUUCGGUCGGUGUCCGUAUCCCCUCUCAGUCGCCGGAGCUCUGCCCAGGAUGCGGGCCCCGCUUCUCGGCCAGGCUGUGGUGUGUGCGGCCCUGUUGGCGCUGAGCACCUGCUUGACAGGGUCUCAUCUGUGCCCUCGGAGUUUAGACUGUGCCCGGGCAGGACGACACUUUUGCGAGCCGGGCAGCGCACAGUGCGGCCCAUGCCUGCGCCCUCUGGUGGAGAACUCACAUGGCCGCUGUGUGGUCAAAAGGAGGCAUGUUCUUCAUUCAGCUCAGUCCGUUAAAGGUAUGGUGAGCACUUACCCUGAACUGGAUGAGGAGAUCGACAUCCUCUCUGCCAUCAUCAGUGAACAGAGAACUGAGUCCAGGCUGCCAGCUCCACCCUCCCAGGACAUCUCUACGCCAAAAUCCAAGCAGCUCAGUGAGCCCGGCACAGCCCACAGAGCAUCUACCACAGAGCAGCCUACGAGCCAGAGCGUCCCAUUCACCAGCAUGGCUCCACCCACCACCACAAACCACACCCCUGCUCUUCUCAGCGAGCCCAUCUUCCUCCCCUACCUCUCUAAUGACCAUGUCUUCAUCAUCAUGAGCAGCGUCUUCAUCGUAGCGGGUUCACUGGCUUUGAUCAUGGCAGGGGCCUGUUGGGUCAGAUUGCAGAAAGUUGUGCGUCUAACUCAGAGGAAUGACUUCCCUGUAUAUGGACUGAUGAGAGCUCAAACCUUUGACAAUUUGCCUGGGGACAAGAACCUGGCCCAGAGUGCCCAGAUGUACCACUACCAGCACCAGAAGCAGCAGAUGCUCUCCCUGGAAAAACAGAGGGAUGAGCCAAAAGUUCCUGACUCAGGAGCAUCAACAGAUGAGGAGAACGAGGACGGAGAUUUCACAGUAUAUGAGUGUCCUGGAUUAGCACCUACAGGGGAAAUGGAGGUGAAAAACCCGCUGUUUGAUGACUCCACCCUUUACUUUCAGAGGUUCCACAAGUAAACUUGGACAUUGAGACGUUUCACACUCGAAUGCAGCACUUGUGUGUACAAAUAGUUGCAUUUACACACAUACACACACUCCACAUACACUCAUGUGCUCAGUCCAACCCUUUUAAUGGACAAGAUGGAGAGUGUAAGGUACAUGGAGGAGGAGUGAAGCGUUCAUGGACAAAUUAAGGAUAUCACAGGGCUGGUUUUUUGUUUGAAGCAGGGACUGAUUAUGGGACCAAUGUCUCCCAUUCUGCAGCCACUUUCUGUUCUAUCAUCACUCUUUUUUCCUAUUGUUGUUCACAAAUGUACAAUCAGCCAAAACCUAAGAACUUAAAAUGACUUCUGUCAGGUAGCAAACACGCAUAUUGAAUAAAAUACCCUUUGUUAAUAGAGAGUCCAGUACAAUGGACAGUUUUCUGAUGCCACUGAGCUAUGACUAUUUCUAUCUGUUCAUUGACAGAUCUUCAUGAACAUCCAUGUUUAUUAAUCAGUAAAUAGUCAUUAAUUCACUGUGUUCUCACUACAUGCUUGGUUUCAUUUAAUUAUUUUGAAAAAGAAAUGUGAAUUGUGAUUUCAUGAACACACCAUGCACCAUGCAGCACCAUGAUCUUCAUCAGUAUGUUAUGUAGCCAUUGUAUUCUCAGUCUAGUUCCUCUAUGCAUGAAUUGAUGAUGCUGUGUUAUGAAACCUGAGAGUCAAUAUGCAUUUACAGUUCUUACAAGUUUCUUGUGCAAAUUUGCUAAUGAUAAUUAUAUAUAUAAUAUUAGGGGUGUCACGAUUCUCCAAAUCCAUGAUUCGAUAUGACUUUCGAUUUCAAUCAAGUCUUGAUUUGUAAAGAUCAACAGAUCACUGGUUUUAUGUCUGACAACAGUCAUUCAUAUUUUCAAAUUCUUCUUGAAGUGUGAUUAAAAAAAAAAUUGGGGGGGUCCACACUAAGACACGCGUUCGUUGUUGACAUAACUGACGGGGAAGGCAAAAUGUUGCCACACCAGUUACUUCAGGGAAGCAGGAGGAUUUUCCACUUCUGUUGUUUCUCCAUUGUCUGUAACUCCGGCAGUGGCCAUGGUGUCUCGAAAAGUGCAUCUGCUGGCUACCAGUAAGCUACGCUGUGUCGUCUUUGAAGUGGUGUUGUUUUUUUCGUCAACGCGUGCCAGACACUCGCAAGUAGGCGGGGGGAGAGAAAAAAAAUACUGGAAGAAUCGUUGAUGCUGCUUUUGAUUUUGAAGGUCGAAAUCGAAAUCUCAUUUCGAUUAGAUUUUUAAUUUAGAAUCAAAGUCGUGACCCCCUAUAUUAUAUAAUAUAUACAUAUAUAUAAUAUAUAAUAUAAAAUCUUGAAUGAUUUUGAAGGAAUUUGAAAUUUCUUUACCUAGAACUCUGAAACAGAGUGAGUCCAUCCUGUAUAUAUGGUAUCUAACUAACAUGGCUUGUCCCCAUGGUUUUGUGAUCUAUAAAUAGCUGCUAACGUGUACAGGGAAGAGAUCUUACCUCUCACUCAGUGUGUUCGUAAACAUGUUCCUCUAAAUUCCUGAGUGCUGUGUCAAAUAUUGAACUGUUGUUUGUUUCCUUAUUGUUGACUAUAUUUGCAGGGUUCCUAUACAUGUGGAAAGGACAGGAAAUGUCUCAGAAAAGUAGUGAUGUCCAGGUUUUGAAAACAUUUGAUCCCCUCUAUUUGUUAUUGUGCAUAAUAAUUUUUAACUGAAGUGUAAUAGUUUUGUAGAUUAAGGGGAAAGCAGAGAGUAUCCUGCACACUAUAACAUAGCUCCUGAAUUUUAUUAGAAGUGAACAGGCAACGUUUCAAUCCGACUACCAAGUCUUGAGAAAAGGGCAAGGUCUAUGUAGCUAUAAAAUUGAUUACAUCAUGCUGACAUCAAGGACAACCAAUCACGCAAAAUGAUUUAGAUAAAUACUUUCAAUAUGACGAUAUAUUGUCAUAAAACAAAUUAGUAUCAUAGAAAUCACAAAAACUGAUACAUGGACAAUAUUUAAAUAUAUUUGAAUAUAUUUCAAAGAGGGGACACAGCGUAAUAUCACAACAUGGUCCAAGAUUAAAUAGACCCCAGUGGCUAGAAAACUAAUGGGAAAGGAAAUGUAGGACAUAUGAUUACAGUUACAGGAGAUGCGGCCACAUUCACACAGUCUGAUUUAGAAUUUUAUAUUCAAUUUCAUUAUCAGUAUGACAGUGUUCAGACUACACUGAAAAGUUCUUUUGGAUUUUCAGUGUAGUAUAUAAUUCAGAUUUUUACAUUUUGAUUUUGUCAUACACAAAUAGCACUUAAAUGAAAAUUACAUUUAACAUUGGCAUCUGUGGACAGUGUGCGGCUAUAAGGAAUGCACAAAUCUAACUUUGUCGUUUUUUUUAAAUGAUGGUAUUGGCACUGUUACCCAUAUGAUGGAUUGGAUUGGUGCAUCCCUAAUGGAUAUUCUCUGCUUUUUCCUUUACUGAAGCUGCUAUCCUCACCUGGCCUAAAUACUGUAUAGGACUGGAUGUGCACAACUACCUUUCUGACAGUCAUAUUGCUCCAUUGCAUAGAUCAUAGAUUGUAUUACACACCCAGGAUUAUUCUUCAGCUCCAGUGACAGAUGUUUGGCAGGGAAGCAGUGCAGGAACCCUGGAUGUAACUGUGGCCUCUCACUGUCGUCUCUCAGGAAAGCCGCUCAUUAUGGCUCCUCUUCAGCCUGCUCCCACUGUCUCAGCUUCUCAGCUCUCCCACAGUAGAGGAGUAUGUUAAACUGUACUUGACCUGCCUACAUACACAUACAUGAGUCUCAAUAUGUAAAAAGAAAUAUCUACAGCAGAUACCAGGGAGUAUUAACACUGGAGAUCUUUAACUGUGUUGUAAAGACUGUUUUACUUAAACCUACCGAGCUUGUGGAACAAAAUGAAGGACAAUUUAUUAGUUGGUGGAAUGAGGGAUUACCAGAAAAGAUACAAUUCUCAUGUUGUUUACCUUUUUUAAAUGUUCCAUAACUCUGCUAUCCCUUCACCAGUGCUGAUAGCUAAACAAAAAACAAGCUGGUUGUCUUGUUUUGGUCUUUCUCUCUUUUUUUGUGAAGGAACUCUAGAACAGGUAACUACCCAAGAUAGCUAUCUUUGAUACAGACUACAUGAGUUCUUUACACUAAGGAGAACUUAUUUACCACCUUGUUUAGCAUGCAUGUGGAUAUACCAGAGCUGAAAUGAAAGAAAUAAAUAUUUAUAUAAUCUGAAGUGAAA